UAUUUCCUCUUUUUCACCACACUGAUAAUUUUCUUCGAGACCAUUCAUGUGGGGCAAGGGUUGUUUUCUUAGAACUUAUUUUUCUGCGAAAUUUUUGGUAAAUUUUCAGCUAAUUAAUGGUUGAUUUGUUCAGUAUUGGUUAUAGUUUUCUGUGAAUACUUUUUCUUUUGUAAGAUUCUUCCAUUAAUUUCACAAACAUUGAUGUUUUAGGGUUUUUUUUUAUUUUGGUUUUGUUUAUACAAUCGAUAUGAUUUGUAAUUUUCCAUGCAACUUUACAUGACGUCUUCAAACAAUACAUGCCUCUGUAUGAUAAUUGUUGUUUUAGCUGAUAUCUGUAAUUGUAUAGUUUUCAAACGAACUGGUAUAUAGGUCAGUUGCUUGUUUUAAUAAUAUGUGUGAUAAAUUUUAAGGUCUCAAUUUAAAGAUAUAAAAGUAUUAUUAAUUAAGCGUUUGUAUUUUUUUUCCAGAAAACACUUAUAUAGCUUAUAUGAGCUCAAUUGGUAUGAGUUUUGAAUGUGUUAGAAAAGUCUGGUUAUGCCCAUGAAAUGAUGCAUUUAUUUUUAUAGGUCUGGAAAUGAACAACCGAAUCAAAGGAGGAUCCAGCAUGAUUGGUGUUUAUGGUCGACCAUAUGGUUCAAGUAGCAUUUUGAGUUUUGAUGGAUCAGAAAGUCGUCAAAGUAUAGAUGAUACUAAGCAAGGCAAUGUUUUUUUACUAUCUUCUUUUGAUAUUUAUGACAAUAGUUAAAAUUUGUAUUUGUUCUUAUAACCGCUUUUAAUUUGACUCACAGGUCAUCAGAGUUUAGUGGAGUGGUUAAAUGAGACACUUCCUUAUUUAAAUUUACCAUGGGAAGCUUCAGAGGAAGAACUAAGAGCGUGUCUGAUGGAUGGUACUGUCUUUUGCAAUCUCUUGAAUCAGCUUAGUCCCGGUUCAAUGAAAAUGGGGAAUACUUUUGAACUUGCUUCUAUAAAUAUUGAGAGGUUUUUAACAGCUAUGGAUGAAAUGGCCUUGCCCAGAUUUGAGGUUUCAGACUUAGAACAGGGGGAUAUGAUUCCAGUUUUACAGUCUCUAAAGGCGCUUAAAGCUAGUUUCUCUGAUGCUGGAUAUGAUAAGAAUACACUUAGCUCAAUGAGAAGGUGGAGUUUGCCUGAGGAUCAGUCAAAGGGACUUGAUGGCAACUUUAAUGAUGGACUACAGUCUAAGGAAGUCUCUGAGAUCAAUACAUCUCAUGCUAAAAUUUUGGACUUACUAAAAUCAAACACUUUACAAAAUACUUCUACUCGAUCCUUGUUUGAUAUGCUCGAUAAGCUUCUUGACGAGAGUGUGUCUAAGAUGAAUGUGGAUGUGUCUCAUGAUUUUGCAUCUAUCUUGAGAGGCAUUGUGCAAGUAGUGGAACAAAGGAUCUCAAAUCAAGCUGAGAACCUAAAGAAUCAAAACAUACUCUUUAGGGUUCGGGAAGAAAAAUAUAGAUCAAGAAUAAAUGUAUUAGAAAACUUAGCAUCUGGGACAACAGAUGAGAAUGAGGUACUCUUUAUCAAAUUCAGUCUCUAUUUGCGAAAAUUCAUUUUGUUGCCAUUUUUCAAGAAAAUGUUCAAAUGUAUUACUAUCUUCUGCUCUGUAGCUAGGGUCAGAAGAACAAGAUGUACUCCAACUGAAAAGAAAAAAGAGCGCAGUGAUGCUGAGCUUUCUAAGUUGAAGAAAGAACUUCAAGUUUUGAAAGAGACACAUGAAAAACAAUUUUUGGAACUAGAAUUAUAUGCUCAGGAAGCUAAAACUGUGUUGGAAAAGCAAUUAGAAGAGUCAGAGUUACGUGUAGUAGACUCAACCAAUAAAGUGAAAGAACUCGAAAAGUUUUGUGAAAUCAAAACGAAAAUAUGGGAGAAGAAAGAGCAAACAUACAAGAGCUUUAUACACAACCAGUCAGAGGCUUUGCAGGAGUUGAAAGCUACCUCAAUGUCUUUGAAACACGAAGUUCUAAAGACAGGAGAAAACUACUUCCAGGAUCUAAAUUACUAUGGCUUAAAGCUUAGAGGAGUGGUUCAUGCAGCAAAAAACUACCAGGUAGUUGUUGAAGAGAACCGAAGGCUUUACAAUGAAGUACAAGAACUAAAAGGAAAUAUUAGAGUCUAUUGCCGGAUAAGACCAUUCCUUAAAGGACAAAAUAAGAAAGAAACAUCAAUAGAGUACACAGGUGAGAAUGGUGAGCUUGUGGUUGCAAACCCCUUAAAGCAAGGCAAAGACACUCAUCGAUUCUUUAAAUUCAACAAAGUCUUUGGCCCUUCAUCAACUCAAGAGGAAGUAUUCUUAGAUACUCAACCGUUGAUUCGUUCCCUUCUUGAUGGCUAUAAUGUGUGCAUAUUUGCUUAUGGGCAAACAGGUUCUGGAAAGACUUAUACAAUGAGCGGACCAAGCAUAAAUUCAGAAGAACAUUGGGGUGUAAACUAUAGAGCUUUAAAUGACUUGUUCCACUUAACGCAAAGUAGUCAAGACACAGUGAUGUAUGAAGUUGGUGUUCAAAUGGUUGAGAUUUAUAAUGAGCAAGUUCGUGACCUACUUUCUGAUGAUGGUCCCAGUAGAAGACUUGGGAUUUGGAAUACUGCUUUACCAAAUGGUCUCGCAGUUCCUGAUGCAAGCAUGCAUUGUGUAAGAUCAACUGAUGAUGUUCUUGAAUUGAUGAAUAUUGGAUUGAUGAAUAGAGCUGUAGGUGCAACAGCUCUUAAUGAAAAGAGUAGUAGAUCACACAGUGUUCUUUCUGUUCAUGUACGCGGUGUUGAUGUCAAGACUGACUCCGAGUUGCGUGGCAGUUUGCAUUUGGUUGAUCUUGCUGGAAGUGAGAGGAUUGAUCGUUCUGAAGUAACCGGAGAUAGACUCAAAGAAGCUCAACAUAUAAACAAGUCACUGUCUGCUCUUGGAGAUGUUAUAUUCGCUCUGGCACAUAAGAAUCCUCAUGUACCUUAUAGAAACAGCAAGCUGACUCAAGUCCUCCAAAAUUCCUUAGGAGGACAAGCGAAAACUCUUAUGUUUGUUCAGAUAAAUCCUGAUGAAGAUUCAUAUGCUGAGACAGUAAGUACUUUGAAAUUCGCCGAAAGAGUUUCGGGUGUCGAGUUAGGUGCAGCUAGAAGCUAUAAGGAGGGACGAGAUGUUCGACAACUCAUGGAACAGGUAUCCAACUUGAAAGAUAUGAUUGCCAAGAAAGACGAAGAACUUCAAAAGUUUCAGAAUAUAAACGGUACCAAAAGAAGUGGUUUAAACAAUCUAAGGUUUGAGUCUACUUCUCCAAGAAGACAUUCUUUAGGAGGAGCGUCGCCAAAUUCUUCAAGGCAAAGACAAGGAAAUCGUUUACUCGGAAGAACAACUUCAGAUUCAGCAGAUGAACGUAUACAACAAAAUGAAUCCAGAUUAUCGCCUAAGUUCUCUGAAACUGAUGGCUCGAAUCUCUUCUCUGAAACCUCAAGUCCUCUUGAAAUGUGUGAACAAUCAGAACAAAAUGAAAAAGCUAAUGUUGAACCAUCAAAGGUACUAAAGCAUACUCUAAAAGCAGACCAAACUAGACCUUCUCGUCUGUCAAUUUCCACAUCCUCCUCUAAGGCAUUAACAGGUUCUAAAAGACAGAUAAAUGGUUUUUCAACUUCAGGAAAACCUCUUACCAGAAAGCGAUGAAGAAUAUAAUUGCUGUAAAUUUGAAGAUUCAGGUCUAUGCUCAAAGCUUUCUUUCUUCUACACUACAUGAACUAACAAUGUUUUGUUUAUCAGAAACUCGAAAGUAAGUAAUGAUCAAAUGUAUCAAAAUGGAAAAUGCUCUGUGAUGAUGUGUAUGGUGUAACACACAAGCAGACUCUAACAACCUUGAAGGGAAACUAAUUGUGUAACAUAUUUUAGUAACUA